UUAGGAAUUUUCCAGUAGAUUACCUAUCAAAAGAUUUAAUAUUCGACCAAUUGGCAACGUGGACAAUAGGUGCCACUCGUCUGCACUUUGUUAUAAUCGCAUAUUCAUGCUCUUCAACACAAAGUGGCGCAAACUUCAGAGAAUACGACGGAUCACACGAGAGCGGAUAGACGAGGCUACGAAAGCAUGGCUUGACACCCUGCAUCGGAUGUGGGCGCUGUGGAAGAAAUGCGACGGUGUCAGCAGGACAUUGACAGAUUACUUUGAAACUGCACCGAAUCCUUAUCUCAGCACACUGAGGAUUCUCGUUAACACUACGGAUUUUGACCACAAUACAAAUAGCAAAUCGCUCGCAUUUGCAGUGAUAGAGGAGUUUUCAAAUUGGAUAGAAGAUAGAAAAGAAGGCUACAAGGAAUUUCUUGUUCCUGAUUUGAAGCUAGCGACAUUUAAAUUAGUGCGACAGAAACAUAUGAAACAAAUGCUACUAAUAAAGAAGAUAUCAACAAUAUAUGAAUUUGUAGAGCAUAAAGAAAUAUUCCUACAAAUAAUAAAAGACAUGAUACGAGAAAAAGAAUAUAAGGAAGCUGCACAGUAUGCAGCAAUGUUAAAAUUGCAAAAUCAUUUUAUAGAUCCGAAAGUAUUAUUAUUGCCCCUUAUAUUACAGAAUAAGUUGCAAAUAGUUGAUGAAUUCUUAGUAGACUGUCCAGAGGUUCAAGAAGCCUUGGCAACAUAUUUAGAUAAUUUAAUAGCACCAGGGAGAAAUGGGCAAGUUAUAUUGGAAGAAUUUAUCAGUACAAAUGAUAUACCAGAAGUUAAGAUGUCAUUGACACAAAUUCGCCCGAUAACCAAGCUUGUUGCACGUUUGACAAAGCGACAUAACUUGUCGCCCGAUGUAUGUCCCCAUUUAAAUACAAAACGAAACGAAGGAGCAUUACAAUUUCUUAUAUACAAACGCUAUGUAGAUGGUAGCUUAAAUAUCGCCAGUUGGAGAGAGAUGGUAAGAGAAGCAGUAGUGAACGAUGCCAAAUUACAAACAGAAUUACUUUCUAUGCUAGUUAAUGCUAAUGAUGCAGAAGAAGGUUUAUAUUGGGCAAAAGAAUAUGAAAUACCUAGAGAUGAAUGGCCAUGGUCUAUCGUGCGUGUAGAGGAGCAAAAUGCGCAAAGGGUAAAUGAAGGCGCUUCCACGAGUAAGGAAAGAAGUCGGGAAUUGAAUGAGGAUAAUGUAAAUUAUCAUAUUUUGAAAUUACCAAGAGAAAGAAUAAAAUUAGUAGAUAAUAGACGCAUGUUUGAAGAAUUCCUUGAUAAUGGAUUGAGAGAUGUUACUAUAGUUGGAAUUGAUUUGGAAUGGAAACCUAGUUUUGGUACUAAACAACCUGAACUAGCACUUAUGCAAAUAGCUACUGAGGAUAACGUCUAUAUUCUGGAUGUAACUACUAUUGGCAAUGAUUUAUCUGAGCUCUGGACUGAACUUGGUCUUGUAUUAUUUGGAAAUAAAGACAUUGUCAAAAUAGGAUUUGGAAUAGCACAAGACAUGACUGUAAUACGUAAUAGUUUACCUGCUCUGUCAUCUGUUAAGACACAUGGACAAGGAUAUCUCGAUAUGAUGCUUUUAUGGAGAAAAUUGGUAGAAGAAUAUAACUUUAUUUUCCCAUAUAAAGGUGAUCCAAAUUUUACUAACAAGAGCUUAAGUAAGCUUGUGGAAUUAUGUUUUGGACAAAGACUCGAUAAAUCUGAUCAAUUUUCAAAUUGGGAGUUGAGACCCUUGAGAGAGAGUCAAAUAAUAUAUGCUGCAUUAGACGCGUAUUGUUUAUUGGAAAUAUACAGUCUAUUAGGAGAAUAUUCUGCAGAUAUGGAAAUACCAUUUGAUGAAAUCUGUGCUGAAAUACAACAUAUUCCACGUGCAUAUAGAGAGACUAAUAUGAAUAAAACUGCGCGUAAGAAAUCUACAUAUUCGAAUCCAACAAUGCCUAAUAGAGAUAAUGAAGAUUAUCGCGUGAACACGGGAGCUUCGCCGAAAUAUGGGACGGUACAUAAGCCUAAUAAAUAUGGAUAUUACAACAAGCAGAAUAAUCAAAAUAAAUCUGCACAUUCUGGAUUCAAUGACAGAUAUGAUAAUCAAAGGAAAUAUAAUGAUUAUGAUAAUCAUAAUCGUGAGAGAAUUGCACAGGUCGGAAUACUCCGAGUAGUUAAUGAUAGCAGAUAUGACCAAAGAAGAUACGACAGUCCUGAUAAUUACAGUCAGAAUAGACAGAAAAAUAUCAGAAUGAAUCGCACAGCCAACGAUAGAAAAUACGAUAACCAGAGACGACACGAUAAUUAUGAUAAUUAUAACAGAUAUGAAACUCAAGAUAGAUGUGGUAAUCAAAAUAAACGCGAUAAUUAUAAUAAAUAUGACAAACAGAGCAGAUGGGAAGACGGUAAAGGUAAACGAAAUAUCCCAGAUAAACAGAACAAGAAUAAACAGGAACCUAUUCGACGAAAUUGGGACUCGAUUGCUGCUCAUAUAUGGCGUGUUGUGUGCGACUCGAUGCUGGGUGGCUUGAGCAGCAAGUUGCGCAUGUGUGGCGUGGAUUGUGUGCACGUAUUAUUUGAUCAAGGGGGAGAUGAUUCCGCCAGAUUAGCAAUGCGCGAAAACAGGAUUUUACUAACGCGUAACAAAAAUUACGAAAGAUUUAAACAGUAUCUACCACUGGAGAAUUGCUAUAGAGUAAUGGCAGACACACCUGACAACCAAUUACGUGAAGUUUUACAUCACUUUGGUGUCAUGGUGACACAGAAUGAUAUUUUCAGCCGAUGUCAGAUAUGUAAUUGUGAUGAAUUUGUAAAAGUUCCAAAGAAGCUAAUGGAUGAUCUUGUACAAAGUUUCGUGAAAAUUAUAAGAAAGAAUAAUUAUCGAGUAUUGCCGAAUCAAGCCGAUAAUAUACGCACAUUACAAACCGAUAUUGAUGACUCCGAUGAUUUUGAACUUGCUCGGAAUCCGAAUAAUUAUUUCACAAACAGCGAACAUCGCACAUGGCAUCUGUCUGUGGACACCAUUGAUAUUGAUACAUGUACAACCAGAUAUCAAAUGCGAAUACAAAUCGAUAAGGUUCCGUUAAAUGUACUGAAGAAUGUGCAAGUCUUUUAUAUUUGCGAGCAUUGCGGAAAGAUUUAUUGGGACGGGUCGCAUUUGGAGCGAGCUCUUAACGGUGUUAUCAAAGAUUUAAUUGUUAAACAAUAAGUAUUAUACUAAAUGUGAUAAAAGGUGCGUGCUUAAAAGACUGACAAAGCACAAAAGAAAAUCAAAAUCGUCCUUAGUUCGAAAUUUCGAGUGCAUGCUAAGUGUUCCUACAAUCUACGAUUUCAAUGAUAAGUACGCGAUAUUGCCACGCUUGUUCAAGAUAUCUGUAUCUAUAUUAUUUGUGGCAUAGACAUAUAGUCGUGUCGUUAUGUCGUUACCACUCUUCCUUACAUUUAUUAAAGUACAAUAUUACAUUGUUACAUCUUGUUAUAUCUUGUUAUUUUGGAUAUACUGUGUAGCUUUAUGUAAUAUCACCACAAAUAAUCCUAAUUUGAAUCUUAUUUCUUCAAUCAAAUUAAUCGCCAUAUUACAUCAUAUAAAAUAUCUAUAAAUCUUCAUUAAUUACUUUAACGAUUAUUGCUAAUUAUUGCUGUAAUUUUAGCAUAGAUUGUUAAGUAAUCUGAAUAGUUUAGAACUUAGAUUUAUAUUUUUUUCUUUUUUGGUCUUUAAUUGGUAAGAUGACGAUUUCCGAAAUUAUUUUUGAAAAUUAAUGAUGCAAAUAUCCUAAGAUGUAAUUUUUUCUAUUACACGACUACAUGUUUGAUAUCGUAUAUAUUUCUUAUAUAAGAGCAAAUCAAGUGCAUGUAAAGUGCAUAUACUUCAAGUAUCUACUUUACUGCACAUUUGUAUCCUUGCGAUUGUUUCUCCUAAUAUUAAGCAAACAUUAUAGUACAAGACAUCUGAUUUUUCAUGAAAUAUAUCUUAGUUACUCACAUAUAUACAUAUAUAUAUUUACAUAGAAAAAUAUGUGUAUCUAUUUUUGAUCGAAAAGAGCAAUGAAAAGGAAAUUGAUACUAUGAGACAUUCUAGACUUAACAGUUUUUUAAAUCUAUAUUUCCUAUAUUUUCCACCAACUAUGUGUUAUAGCAAACUUUAUUUCUAUUUAAAUACAAAA